AUGCCGACUGACAAGACGCGCGAGGACGGUGAUGGUUACGUGCGGCUCUUCGCAGGCAGGCACAUGGAUUUCAUUUUUGGGGCGAGUUGGUUGAAGAAUGCGCACGAGUCCACCAUACCCAAUUCCUCCUCUAAACAGAAAAAGCGUGACCAUCGGAUGUUGCUGGUCAAGAAUUCUAAUACGCGUCAGAUUGGAGUGAAGACCCAUCGACAAGGCGAAAUCCACAAUCUUGGGACGAAGCGCGGCCUACCCCCUGAAUUGAAUAGCGGAAGGAUAGGAUGUAUCCUUUUCAAAAAGAAAUUCAGGGGUAUCGGUUUGUUCAAUUCGGACGCAGAGUUUCCUGGAGAUGAGACAGAUGAUGAAGAUGAUCUUCCGUACCUGGACCUGUCAGAGCUCUUACAAGUCCCUCUCCACGUCGUCUGCGUCUUACCCGUCAGUUUCGGUGCCAACCUCUUUCUCCGAACCAAUCUCGACCCAGUCAUGGUCCUCCUCAUCGUUAUCGGCUCAGUCCUUGCGAAAAAGCUAUUCUCAACCAGAACCUCAUUGCUGAAUCCCCCUGGUUUAUCGGCGAAGGCGCUCGGGAAACGAAAGGUUUUCGACGAUGCAGUCAAACCUCACGUUAAACGGGAUCGUCCUGCGAAACCUCGUCCUUCCACUGUGCUCGCUAAUUCCAGUACGAGUCGGCACCAUCGACAUGUUUCACAUACUCAUCACGACGCGUACCAUGCUCAAAAUCUGUAUGAAGCUCGCGACAAUCAUCUUAUCCCAGAUAGUGUUAGGCAACAUGAAUUGUUUUCGCGUACGUCGGCUGUUUCAGCCUCAGGUCUUAGUACGAGAUUCGGAGGUCCUCAGGGUUCUAAUAACCUUGUCAAGAUCCCAAGUUCACAAGGGAAUCAAAACGGACAUAUUCACCAGUUUUACUCUCCUCACGCUCACGUCCAGACCUCUACGCAAACUAAUGCGCACAUACCUGGAUUGACUUCCCCUCCACCUAUUGCGGUCGUCGGUAAUCCUUUUCUCGGAGAUGGCGCAGAAUCGGGAGUAGAAGCAGAGGCCAUCAUCGGACAGAGAGGUCAUGACGAACCAGACACGCAUUGUGAUGACCUGAAAUGGGCUGCUGAGAAAAUUUUGGUGUUAUUGCAGAACGAUCCUCAGCAGACGAAAGCCGUCAUUGAAAUGUUGCAGCUGCAGCGUCCUGGUCAGACCAUUGCUGCGGGGAUUGGUCACGACAUAACCAACCGCAAUCCCAGCGUCCAUGGCGAUCAUAGAGGAGUUGGGGAGUGGUUAGUUCCUAGCCUUGGUACGGGAAGGAUCCCAGAGGCCGGUGAUCAAGUGAAUUCUGGAAUCGAGCCUGGCCUUUAUUCUGGGCUUAGCCGUAGUUCCAGAGCAGGGAUUGAAAUUUCUACUCCCGACCACCCUGCGGUUCAAUUUGGUCAGCAAAAGCAUACGUCCAUGCCCCCAGACGCAGGGAGCAACGCCACCAUCCAUCAAUCCCUCUAUCUUGUUCUCCGUCGAGGACAAGCACGUUACCUCGUACCUUUACUCACUUGUCGCAUACACAAUAAUGGAGCCGGCGACGACAAAUCCAAGGAAAGUUUUUCGAGAUCUGCAUCGGCAGAGGGAGUUCCUUGGGGAAAAAGAGAUUGA